GAAUGAUACGUUUGGGGAAAUGCCAAGUAGCAUAGAUAUCUGUGGAUUGAUAACAUGGUUCGAAUCGGAAUGCUCGCGUUCCAGUAAAACUCGCGAUUCGAGUCGGUCGAAAUAUAUGCGAGUGGCGAGGGUAGAAAGGGGGAUGCUUGGUCGGGGAUCGAAGGAGAGCAGGCGCACGGCAAGCUCAGAGAUACGGAAGGGACUAACGCCCAGCUACCCGGUAAAUUGUGUCUUCUCGUUCGUGGCUCGUAUCAAACCUACCCCCGAUCUUUAAAUCCGUUUUAAGCUUGAUCAUUAUCUGAUUUACUCCAAAAAUUCAUAGUCCCUUAAGCACAAAAUUUUAUGAUACACCAUCGAGAUAACAUUCAUUUACCUUACCUACGAGACGAAUUAUAUUCCUACGUUUUCAUGUUCUUUUACGUCGGACUUUCUGAAAGAGGACAAAAUAAAGAAUCAGUAUCGUCGUUGUUCGCUCGCAUCUUUCUUUUAAGUGCACAACAGAGUGGAUAUGAAAUAAUGAAAAAUUACGAAAUACAUUCGGAUUUAAAAGUGUAGAUUCGAAAAAAUUAUAUAUGAUUAAUAAAGUGCAUCCAGCAAUAUUUACAUUCCACGGCCGAAAAUCCAAUAUUGUUCGAUAUCUUGUCCGAUACUUCAAAAGAGGCAAACAAAAUUUGAUUGAAAAACAUAUCGACAAUGAGGUUGAUCGAGAAGAUGAAAUAUCAUCUCAUCCUUUUCUUUUAUCUCUGUUUAUUGACUAUAAUCGAAGUGUCAACUGAAAACGCGGAUUGCAAUUAUCAUCUGACCGCUCCAAAAGGAGUUAUAAAAACACCAAACUUUCCUAAAGCUUUUCCAGUACCCAUAAUGUGUCGAUGGGUGAUCGAUGUUUCUGACAUACCUUCGACGAAUAGUUCGAUAGUCGUCUAUAUGACGCAGCUUUACGUUUACAAAGGUCUCAAAUUGACCGAGUACGCGUAUUACGAGUCAGAGGCGACGAAUUAUGGCGCGAGUUUGAUCAAAGAAAUAACGGAGGGCAACGUUUUCGAAUAUCGGUGGUUCAGAACUUUUCGCCCAUUUCUCGUCUUAGAAUUUGAGCUUGAUCGACUCGAAGGAAACCAUGUACGCGUCUUGGACGAUCUUUUGGACGUAUAUGGUUUUAACGUCACAUACCAAAUGACAGAGGAAGAACCAAAUCCAAAUGCUUGUUCCGUUAGCGAAUGUUCUUUCACUGGAAAUUGUCUUUUAUCUGCAGAUUAUACGACCUUUUCCUGCGAGUGCUUUCCUCGUUUCAACGGAGAUAAAUGUAACGAAGGGCCGCUUUGUUUUGACGAUCAACAAAACUCUAUUUGUCUAAAUGGUGGCAACUGCAAACAUUUAGGGGCGAAAGCAGUACACUGUGAUUGCCUUCCUGGCUACGUUGGACAAAAUUGUGAAAUUCAGCUAUUGGAAACUGUGAAUACUGAAUGCGGAGGAGAACAUUGCAUAUUGCAAUGUCCUUAUCACAAGGAGGAGCAACGACCGUGUGCUUGUACGAAUGGCAAAAAAAUAUAUAACAAUCGGUCGAGAUACGAGUGCAGAAUAAAACUAUCAAAAACUACUCCACUUCGUUCACCAUCGAUAGCUCAGCAAGGAAAUUUAGAAUCUUAUCUUACAAAACCGCUGAUCAAGCAUUUGAAGAGUUCGAAUAUAUCUUCCAUGGAGGACCUCGAGAUCCUGAGCAUGACGCCUUCGUCGGAGAUAACUUUUGAAUUUUUUGCCAAUUCGGACGAUGGAGACAAAAUUCGAGAGUCGUUAAAUCGUUUAGUUCAACGACGUCGUCUCGGCGAGUUAGCUCUCGAAUCUACGCACUUUACUUUUCAACAAAAACCCGCGUUUAGAUUGCAGAAUUUACGUUUGGAUCGAUCGAACGAACACGAGGUUCAUCUAGGCGAUGAAAUCAAUCUCCAUUGCGUUGCCCAGGGAAGUAACGGUAUUCGUUUCGUCUGGUACAAAGACAAUAUGUUGGUAAACGUGAAGAAAGCAAACAGAGAAAUUCGAUACGAGGAUCUUCCUAAUGAUGGAUUGGAUAUGUAUGCGUCGAUAUUAAAAAUCGAUAAGGCGACCACAUUGGACGGUGGUCAAUAUACGUGCCAAGCUAUCGAUCGGGGCGUACAACAAUGUAAAAGUCUUUACGUACAAGUGAAAAAUGAUCCGGAUGUAAAGGUCACGCCAAUGAGUAUUACCGUAGAAAAGGGUAGUAAUAUACAACUGACGUGCACAACACCAAAUAUGCACAGCACGGGUAUAGGAUUCGGUUGGACGAAAAAUCGAGCGUUACUUAAAUUGGAACCAGGUAGUGAAAUUUGGGAAGACCUUUAUCCAGACGGUAGCAUUUUAAAAAUUACAAACGUUCAGAAAUCGGCGAUAUACACGUGCAACGUGGCACACCGAUCGAUGUCCGUACGAGUAGAAUUGACGAAUCGAACUUUAGUACGAAUUUGUCCGAAGGAAAUAUCCUGGACUGAAGAAUGGCCUGACACAGCUCCUGGUUCGGAAGCUUUGAUCGACUGUCCGCGACAUUUUGUCGGACCUAAAGUAUCGAGACUGUGCUUGAUGAGUGAUGCAACCACUCCCGAAUGGUUGAUGCCAGAUUUUUCUAAUUGUCUUUACGAGCCCUUCGUUCGUCCUUACAAUAAAUUUCGUAGCUUGACUCUAGGCUAUCAAAAUACAACAGGCUCGGAAACGAUCCUAGCCCUUUGGGAAGUACUACGAUCGCGCGAAAUAUCUCUCUAUCCGAACGAAGCUGAUAGAAUUUUAAGCAUACUCAUAGAAAUCGAACGUUACCAACGUAGAAUCGAUCCAUCCGAUUUGCAUCGCUCUGCCGAAGCCCUAACGCAUAUCGUUAAUCACAUACUAAACGACGAAAAUUCCAUUUUAAAUCCACAGAGAUUAUUGGUAUUACUGCAAAUAGUCGAACGAAACCUGAUACAUUGGUCGAAAAAGUUAAAUCAAGGCUGCUUUCACUUGUCCUUGUCAUCGAUGGUCGUCGAUAUUCAACCCUUGCAAUCUCACAGCAGUGACAGCAUCACGCACUCUCUUCAAAUUCCAACAACCGACGACACAUAUCCUGAUUGGUAUAAAGACAUAAUUGCUAUACGUUUAUGGAAAAAGAGAUUUAGAGAUGGCAAAAACAACAGUACGUACAAAGGAAUCGUCAUUGUCUAUAAGACAGUUUCUAACUUCCUUCCAAAAGUAUACCUCAAAGAGUUUGACAACGGUACAGAACUAGAAUACCGAAUUAACUCUCACGCGAUCACGGCAACCGUGGCUUCCUUCAAAUCUGACAAACAUAGUAACAUUUGGGUCGAUCUAGAAAUGAAACAAUUAGAAAAUCAUUCUGGCCCUUGGAAUGUUUCCUGUGGUCUUAUGGAUCAUUCAGGUUCUUGGAAUUUAAAUGAUUGUAUAGCAAAUACAUUUCCAGGCGAUCUUACGACCCAUUGCUUGUGUCCUAAUACUGGCACCGUUGCUCUUUUUUUAACCGCUAGGAUUGUAAGGAUGGUAUUACCAAAGAAGGAACAAACAACUUCUAUCGUGAUACUCGGUUGUGCAAGCUGUCUGAUUCAAUGCUCGCUAACAUUAUUCUUUCUUGGCAUACAUUGGUGGAAAAAUCGGAGUUGGUUAAAUUUUUUAAAAGUCCAAUGUUGCGGUGCUCUGAUCGGCGCAAUGGCUUUGUUCAUUUAUGCGAUAUGCGGUAACUUUUCUGAUAGUAACUACUAUCUCGUUGCAAUAGGAUUAGAAGCAUUUCUCCUAGUUGGCAUGUCGACUCCUAUAUCCGAGGCUCUUAUAAUAUAUUCUCAGUUUGUUCAUAUACGACCGAAUCAGCAUCUUCAUAUGAAGAUCACAGUAAUCGCCGUUAUUACAGGAGUACCGAUUUUGGCCGUACUUGCCACCGAACUUACUCGCAAAAGUACUGGUUGGAGACACGAAUCUUGGUGGUUGAUUCAUGGAAGUGGAGUAUAUAAUAUAUUCGUAACUUGUACAACCAUGAUGUCUUGUGUCUUUAUGAUACUCUAUUUGGGUGUCAUUCAUGAGGCUCGUGCCCUCGUAGAGAAAAAUUUGAUGAAGAAAGAAACCAUAAAAUCGAGAACGCGGUUAUUGCAUCGUGCCGCUGUAGUUAUAUGUGGCAUUAUUGCCACAGAAACGUCCUCAAUCUUCUACAUAAAUUCGACUUCAAUAAUUUAUCAGUAUAUCUUUGCAUCGUUAUCUACCGUUUUAGGUUUCAUCAUAUCAAUAGCAUACGUUUCUAGCAGCGACAUUAGUUUACUUAGACCAAUACUGCCAAAACUUAAAUGGAAAUUGGAAACGAGCAACGAACGAAUUUCAGUGCCGAUCAAAGUAUGUUCAAAAAUUGAUGCAGAAAUGCAAAACGACGCUAUACCACCACCUCCGUCAUCUAUAUUGGCCGAACCCUACAUAGAAAUCCGAGGAGUAGCGGCUGGUAGCAUAGAUACGAGAGAAUUUACUACCGAAACUUCGUCUUCCGUUGCUGGCAGGUACUUGCCUGAAAUUCGAAUCGAUCGCCCAGACGACAUCAAUCUUGAAAACUAUAGUACUAGCCCGCGAAAGUAUCAAGAAGCAUUCGAUAGUGCUUUUGCUAAGCGAACUACUCAAUGUCUCCCCGAACCUUAUGGUGUUAGUGUUACAGAUCGUAAUGCUUUUCGAGAUCUUGCAAUUCAUCAAAACAUACCAUCGGAAUGUUCAGCUAAACUUCUUUGUAGCGCUGACAUAGAAUCACGUUUGGGUGCAAUGCCGGACGUAACGUUGGCAGUCAAAACGGACGUAGAACAUUUAACGAACGUCGAAUUAAAAGCGAGAGAACACGUGAACGUUAUUCCCGACAUUGCUAAUACAACGGAACGCAAACAACCCGAUGGCGAGGAAAAAAUGCCGGAAAUUCGGAUAACAAGUUGCGAGACUACCACUUCCGGCAUGUUGGAUCGUAUCUCGCAUGAUCUCGAUUAUCUUUUAAAUCGCACGCACACCAAAGAAGAAGUAUAGACUUUCCAUAGUUUAUUUGUAAUAAACAUUUCCGUGAAUUUUUUUGUCGUCUCGCGUUUUAAUGACGCGCUACUUCCAACUUAUUAGAAAUUCAUUAUAUGUAUAUUUCAAAUCGAGCGCAUUUAUUUUUUUUAAAUUCGUGUGCCAAUUGUAACGAUUCGUUGAACGAUAAAACAAUAAUGCUUACCGCUUAAAUUUCAUUUAUCUAGCAUUUUUAUGGCGUAGUAGUUAGAUUCUAACGAUUCGUUUGAUUUCUUCAAAAGCAUAAGUCCUAGAGAAACUCCAUACAACAUUGUUGCACAAUGUGUUAUGUUGCGUAAUCUUACAUGCGUUCUGUGAUUUUAUUUCUAUAAGAAAAGACGUCGUGAAAUUUGUAUUAUAAAAUAAGAAAAGAAAAAAAUAUAAAUAAAAAAAUUAUAAAGGCGCGCUUAAGGUCAUACUUAAGAUCUGAGUAGCCUUCCAUCGUGAUACUCCAUCCAUACACCAGUUUUCUAUAAGUAAUUCAAUAAUUCUCUUUAACUGUAAAGAUCUAAGAAUAAAACUUUAUAGCACAA